UCAAAUGUGUGUUUCUGGUGUGUAUUAGGUUUCAAAACUAAUGAAGGACUUGGUAUUUUUCUUUUUUCUUUUGUCUUGACUGACCAUUCCAGUAGCAUCAAAGUGGAGGAAAUGUAUUUACUCUGAGCUGAGAAAACAUUUAUACUCUACAGGCAGCAGCACAAGGAAAGGAAAACAUUUUCUUCAGUGAAGAAUGAGCGAAAGUUUCAAGGAAGGCCCUGACAUUCAGGGGACACAGUUCAGGGGUCCCUCUCUGUCCCAGCAGAGGAGGGUCAUCCAUUUCUCCAGCGGUGAGACUCUGGAGGAAGAUAACAGUGAGGAAGAGGAGGAUACAUCACAUGAGCAGGUGUUUAGGGAGCCUGAAGACAUGCUUAAACUCCCGUGGAAAGCAUAUACUUGGUCUCUGGGCAGGAAGUCAUUGCGCACUUGUGAUUUUCUUGGGGAAAAACUGGCUGGUCUACUUGGCCUUAACACUGCCAAAUACCAGUAUGCUGUAGACGAAUAUCAACGCUCCAUUAAGACCACAGCCAGUAAAGAAACUGAAUGCUCUUAUGAGGAAGGCACAGAGAGAAUUCACCUUUCUUCAAGGAUGAGCAGUGAAUAUGGGGCCACAAGCUUCUACAGACUCCCUGCUGGUUCUCAAGCCUCCCAAAACAUUGAGCACAGAACUACAGGAUCCCACAACAAGGGCUAUCAAAAUGAUAAUGAGCACUGAGAAAGAACUAGCUAUUAUGAAUUUAACAUAUUAACAUGUGUUAAGAAAGCUAAUAUUAAUGUUGAUGUGUGUAUUUUUUGCUGUUCCUCUCGCUAUGGUUUCUACCAAACCAGGGUUCAAAUACAUGUAUAUUUGAUAUUUAAAAUACUUGUUUCUGUGUAUUUGAGUAUUGCCCAAAACCAGUACCUUUAUACUCCUAAGACCCAGGAAUACCUUUUUGUCCUCUCUGGUGGACAUCAGUUCUUGGUCCAUAUCACUGAGGCCAUACAAGCCACUGUAUUGAGUCCUGCUGCCGUCAAAAUUAGGCAAUUUUAUGGAAAAUUUUAAGAGUGUGUAAUUAUUAAUUCUUUUUGUGAGUUUGAUAUUCAAAUUGUUUCUAGAAAGUGAAUAUCUCAGGAAUAGUUAAGUGAGUUGUCAGGACGGUGUAAUAAUUGUUUCACAUUAAAUAAGGGCUAAAUAAGAGCUUAUCAAGAAAUAUCCUCUGUAGUGGACCACCCGGAUGCCGCAACUAUGUUUUCACCUACUGUACCCAUUGACUGCAAUGUCCAUUUUUUUCAUAUUUACGUCCUAAUGACCACCACAGGGAACAAUUUUGCACUUACAAUAAAAGAUAAAUAACAAUA